UGAUGAUCAUUUGGUGAUUGUUGAUUAUUUGAUGGUAGUGAUUGUUGGUUAGUGGUUUGUAAAAAAUAAAUCCCGAAAAUGUUUGUAAAAAUUUCAUUUUUACUAAUAUCGAUUAUUAUAAUCGAACCGGUAAUUUCUGUGUCACGUUAUUCACGAAUGGAUUUUCAACCAUUAAUAAUUCGAAGACGAUUAAUAUGGCGUAAACAAAUUCAAUUUGAAGAUCCAAACAAUUGGCAACCAAAUCAACCAUCGUGUGAAAAAGAUCGGGUGGUUUUACCGGAAAAUUAUGUUAUCUUUUUAAAUCGACGAUUAUUAAUUCAAGAACUUAUUCUGCCGGAAAAUGGUGAAUUAAUCAUUGCCAAAGAUGGUGGUGGUAUUGUUGAAUUUUCUACCGAUCAUGAUUAUGAUCAGGAUGAAGAUCGUAAAUGUAAAACAACCGAAACACUGUAUUUUCAACCAUCCCAAGAAUAUCAGCAAACAAAUUCAUGGUUUAAUCCGGAUAAUUGGCAUGUUACAUUUGAUUUAUCAUCAUCAUCAUCAUCAUCAUCGUCGAUGUCGACAAUGUCCGGUUAUCAGAUAUCAACAUUUGCAACAUUUCAUUAUCAACAAUCAUCAUCAUCAUCAAAAAUGAUAAUACCCGAUUCGGAACGUAUACCAUGUCGAUCGGAUUUCAUAACAUUUCCAACAAAUGGUACAUGGAAAGUUAAAAUAGGAUCGAAUAGUAAAUUAAUACCCACAUUCGAAUCAAUGACGAUUGGUGAAAAUUUUCAAAUAUUCAAUACGGAUAAAUUAAGAAAAUUUUUACAAUCAUUUUCUGGACAAAUGUUGUUUGAAAUUCAAGGUUAUAAUCAUAUGGAAAUUCAACAAUCAAAUUGUCAAUCAAAUUCAAUCGAAUGUUAUUGUGGUAAUGAUCAACCAAAAGUAAUGAAAGAAAUAUGUCAAAAUCGUCCAAAAUGUCCACCAUCGAAAUGUUUGGAUCCAAUACAGGCACCGGGAUUUUGUUGUCCAAUUUGUGCAACAAGUAUAUUGAUUCGAAUGAAUAAAAAUCGAAAAAAUUUGAAUCAACCGCAAUCGCAAUCGCAACAACAACAAUUUGUUUAUCAAUCGAUUGCUCAACAUUUAGAACGACUAUAUCAACAGCAACAAGAAUCAUCGAAGAUAUUCUUGUCGAAUAUUAAUCUUUACAUACAUUGGCUAUAUGAUAAUCGAAUUCAAAUCAUAAUAUCACCAAUGGUGGAUAUCCUGAUUCGAAAACAAUCAAAUCCAUUAAUCCAAUCAGAUCAAAAUGGUCGACAAAUUAUGGAAAAAUUAUCCAUGGAUAAAACAUUAUCCCGAUUGAUAUCGAUUGAAUAUCGAUCAAGUCAAAAUUGGAUACAAGAUUCUAGUCUAUUCAAUCGAUCAACAUUUAUUCUAUUAUUGAUCUUUAUAUUGAUUUUAUUGAUUGGUUUUUUUACUACGGUUAUUUAUAAUUAUCAUCAUCAUCAUCAUCAUCAUAAUGAUCAUCAAUCAUCAUUUACAUUUGUUCGAUUUCGAACGGUUGCCAGUGAUGUUGAAAUGGAAUUUGAUAAUCCUGGACUUUCGGAUUGUCCAUCUGGAUCAUCAUCAUUACACCGACUACCACAACAAUCACCAUUAUUUUCAACCGAGAAAAUCGUUCCAAAUUUUCAAAAUUUAAUGAAAAAAAUGACAAAUUGGACAACAACAAUACGACAACAACAACAACCAUCAUCAAUACGUUUACGUUCACAAUUCUCACGUAAUGAUGAUAAUCACGAUGAUAAUGAUGGUGAUGAUGAUCGAAAACAUCAAACAGAAUUUGAGAAUCCAAUAUUUAAACUUAAUACAGAUUCUACUAUUUCUACUUCUUCUACUUCAACGAAUAUCUCUCAUCAUCAAAUCAACGACAGUACAUCAAUGUAAACGAAAUGAGAAUUACAGCAUCAGCAGAAACAAAAAUUA